AUGACCAAACGCUCAAGUAGAAAGAAGGCCAAUGCAAGUGGAGAUAAAGAGACAGAAAAUAGUUCAGUUUUGAACAUAACAACAACAUCAGGGGAAUCUUCAAAAGUCCCAGGUAGUAAUCAAAGUGGCCAAGGGAACCCCAAGAAUUCCGGCUUAGAUAAAGACCAAGGAGAUUUGGAUAAAUCCAAGAAUCUCGGUCCAAACUCAUCAACUCAAGGCCAAGGAGAUCUAGACACAUCUAAAAAUCUUGGUCCAAAUACUAAAGAAGUUGGAAGUCAAGAAAAUGUUAAUAAUAUUAACAAUUCUGAAUUAAUAAGAAGUCCAGAUAAAGAUAAAAGCAAUAAAGAUAAAGUAGGAGGAAAUCCUAUCAUAUCAGAAGAUUUAGCUGAUGAGUUAGAAUCACAUAACUUGAACGAUAUGAUCAACGCAAACUUGUUAGACAUAAACAAUGCUUUUAAACAAGUUCCAAUCAUGAAAAAUACUUUAAGAAGUGGACCAAAAAGUUUACAAAACAAGAAUUCAGUAUUUCAAAAAGCAAUGGAAUUGACCAUGAAAGGUGAUAGUUACGGUGCAGCAAAGUAUUUAAAGGUGUACAAAGCUUUGGGACAUCUAGGUGUUGAUAUCCAAAGACCUUUGACAAAGAGAGCUACCUCAGCGAAUCCUGUCCUUAAUGAAAAUCAAGUUGAAGCUAGAACAGAUGGCGGAAUCUUUGAGAAUGGAAUGUGGUUCUUCCCUGAUAGAACGACUGAUUACAAGACUAGAAGUUAUACACCCUAUUUCAAUAGAAAUAUCAAAGAGUGA